GCACCGCAGACCGCUCCAAAGAUGGUCGGAUCCCAACGCAUAGUCCGCCUUUUGAGCUUCCUGGCAGGGGCUUCCCGCGUCCUCGCCGCGUCUCCUUUGACGUAUGGACCAGACACGUUCACCGCUCCGGGCGCGUUCCCCACAUCGCUAUACAAGAGCUACUUCAACUCCCCGACGGCCACUGCCGCGCAGGUGCAACCUGUGAUCUCGGACCCUGUGACUCAUAAAAUAUAUCCGUUUGCGCUCACGAACCCCAAAUCCAUACCUCAAAACGAUACGGCAGACCCACAUCCUCUUCCCCCCAAGGCAUCGGAGUCCUUUCUUUUGCAGCAGGCGAAAUCCCAGAUUCAGUCCAUUGCGGCAAACCCCAUUUUCGCAAACAGCACCUGCGCCAGAUGUCAAGCUUUUCUGGCAGUCGGCAAGUUUCUGUCAUUAGCUGCGCCAGACCAAGGACCCGAUUUUGCCAUCUUCCUCUGUCACCAGUUGCGGCUUAGCAGCACUUGCGAGGCCACGUUCGGUCCUGAUGCACUUGGGUCGGUGGUCACACAGGUCCUUGCGAGUGCCGACGUUGGCGGAUUUGAUGGUCAGAUGAUUUGCGAUACGUUCGCCGGCGCAUGCCCCGUACCCCCGACAUCACCUCUAAACUUGACGGGGUGGUUCGCGAAGCCCAAACCUGAUCCGCUUCCAUCGCCGAAAACGCCUAGCGGAGAGCGCUUGAAAAUCCUCCACCUCUCUGAUAUACACCUUGACCCCAGGUACGAAACGGGCUCUGAAGCAAAUUGCAGCUCCGGCGCUUGUUGCCGUGACAAUUUACACAACCCGUCAAGUCCUAAUAUGACCCUUUUGCCCGCACCGAGGUUUGGUGCCUUUCAUUGUGACUCGCCUUUUGCACUCGUCGCUGCUGGCUUCGAGGCGAUCCCAGUUCUCACGGGCACGCAAGAAACCGGGUUUGCAUUCACCUUGUAUACUGGCGACCUGGUUUCUCAUGAUGCUGAGAAUCAGCUAUCGAGAGACUACGUCAUGUAUGCAGAGACCCUUCUUUAUGAUCUUAUGAAGCGUAUGCUCGUUUCUGGGCCAGUUUAUGCCGUCCUCGGAAAUCAUGACUCUUAUAAUCAGGCGCAGGAUGCUCCCCACACUCUCGGUGAUAACUUAAGCGACCAGUUCAGCUGGAAUUACGAUCACGUGUCUUCCCUUUGGAAACAGGAAGGUUGGCUCCCGCAGAGCGCAGUGGACCUCGCGCGCGCGCAUUAUGCUGCGUAUAUGGUGCGACGCACAGAUGGCCUGAGGAUCAUUACUUUGAACACGAACCUGUGGUAUCGGGCGAACUGGUUCGCGUAUAUUAACCAGAGUCAUCCUGAUCCAUCUGGUAUGCUCAAAUUUUUGACUGAUGAGCUGCAAGAGGCCGAGGAUGCCGGGGACCGAGUAUGGAUUAUGGGCCAUGUUCUGAGCGGAUGGGACGGGACGAAUGGGUUGAAGAACCCAACAGAUCUUUUUUACCAAAUCGUCGAUCGUUACUCACCUCAUGUCAUUGCGAACAUCUUCUGGGGCCAUACUCAUGAGGACCAGCUUUCCAUUUUCUACGCCAACAACGCGACGAACAUCAGUGCGGAGACUGCCCAGGCUGUGUCUUGGGUUGGCCCUUCACUCACGCCGAUUACCAACCUUAACUCGGGAUUCCGAGUGUACGAAGUCGACUCCGCGACGUUCGAGGUGCUCGACGCUCACACGUGGAGAAGCGAUGUGAACUCGUUCCCAUCGCUGGACCCGCAGAUCGAGAACGGGCCUACCUACGUUUACGAGUACAGUUCGCGUGAAGCAUAUGGCGCGAGCAUCGACGGAUGGAGCCUGGACGAUCCCUUGAACGCUACGUGGUGGCACCGCGUAACAGAAGCAAUGGAGGCGAACUCGACACUUGUCUCGACAUUCAACACCUUCCAGGGUAAAACAUCCGUUAUGACGAAGCCAUGCACAGGGGAAUGCAUCGUUGCGAAGAUAUGCUACUUGCGUAGCGGCUCGUCCGCUGUCGCGAUGCAGAAUUGUCCGGCCGGCUUCGGGUCUGUGCAGUCUUGAGCCGAUCGGCGCAGGCGACGGCGAAUGCCCAUUAUGUACCUUACACAACACCCCUUGUCGCUAUUUUUGUUUCGCGUUGCUUCUAUCUGCAAAGUCAUUGCU